AUGAUCGAAAUCCAGACUAGGUCGAUUCCUAUCCAUCCUAAGAAGAUGAGAAUGAUGAAAGAAGAAUGGAUGAAGAUAUACACGCCAAUAGUCGAAAUAUGCAAGAUCCAGAUACGCAUGAACAUCAAGGGAAGAUGUGUGGAGAUGAGGACGUGCGAACAUACUGAGGAUCCCUCCUACUUGGAAAGAUCUGCUCAGUACAUUGAGGCUGUAAGCAUUGGAUUUCCUAUUGAUGAUGCAAUUGCAAUACUCAAGUUCAGUGAUGUGUUUUUGGACCGUUUUGAAAUAUCCGAGGUUAAAACGCUGAGGGGGCACCAUGUUGAGAGGGCCGUUGGAAGAAUCAUAGGAAGGGAAGGAAAGACAAAAGAUGCCAUAGAAGAGUUUAGCAGGUCGAAGAUCAUUGUGCAAGAACAAAUGAUACAUUUUCUUGGGACGAUUGAAAACAUAAGAAUAGCAAAGGAUGCGGUGUGCAGGCUUAUAAUGGGGUCCCAGCCAGGAAGUAUCUUCAAUAGACUACGGAUCAUCAACUCGAGGCUCAAGGAAAAGUAUGGAGGGAUUCAGACAAUAUAUAACGAGUUUGAGAAGAGAUAG